AUGCACGCAAUGGCGGGAAACUUCUCGCCUAUCGAGUCGUCCCCAGAAGUCUUCGGCAAAUAUGCCAAGCAACUAGGUCAAUACGAUGUAAUGUUCGAAGAUUUAGUAGCAUGGGAGGAUUGGGCAUACGAUCAGAUCGUAUAUUACCGGGAUUCCGAUGUAAAAUACACCUCCCCAAAAAAGGUUUCGCCGAAAGUGUGGUUCGCACAUCAGCGGGUUAGAAAUACCUGCGGCACCGUCGCUUUGUUACACCUCCUCAACAACAUUACCGAAAAGGCGAUACCGGAGGAUGGAUCCAUACUCGAACAAAUGAAACAAAAAUCACUCGAGGCAACGCCAGAAGAAAGAGGAAAGAUCAUUGAAAAGACACAUGAAAUUAAGGAACUACAUGCCUAUUUCGAAUCGGAGGGACAGACGACGAUUGACAGUGAUGAAGAAUGCGUACUGUCUCACUACGUCACUUUUGUUAUCGUCGAUGGCGAAUUGUACGAAUUGGACGGGGCGCUAAACUCCCCAGUGAAUCACGGGAAAGCUAAUUCUAAGAAUUUUAUGAAGCGUGUUGAGGAAAUUGUACAUGGCACAUUCAUGGCAAUGGAACCGGACAACCUGGCAUUCGCUGCGAUUGUUGCAUCAAUCAACCAACCAAAUGAAGAGUGA